AGCUCGUUUACGCCCAAAGUAUCGGCACGUUCAGUGAUAAUUCUCACUUAAACGUGUCGCCACGCAAACCGUCACUCGUGCUAUUUAAUUAUUCGUCAUAGCGUGACAGUGCGACAGCGGGCUUCGAUCAAGGAACAAUAAUGCCUGGAUACAGAUGGGUCAGAUGGCCGCCAUCCUUCACCGAUCGUCACAUGAUGAUCAGCAUCGGCAGGGACCUGGACGGCAUGAAUCUCGUCGUAGGUCGUGCGAUGCAUCAGGGUGACAUGCUGCCGGCGAAAGUGAAGCCGGAUCACGGCGUCGCCUACGUGUGUCACGGAGGUAGCGAGCACAUGAAGCACGACUUCGAGGUAUUGAUGCCCGCCCAUUUCAACUGGAUCCGAUCGAGCCACGGUCACGUACCGGAAAACGCGGUGGAGGCUGGGAGGACCAUGAACGGGGAAAUGCUCUUCGUCGGCCGUACUUUUCACAAUGGGGUGCCCUGCGUAGGAAAGGUCCAUAGAAGUCACGGUGUUAUGUACAUUCCGUUCGACGGGAAGGAAAUACCGUGCAGGGAGUACGAAGUCUUGGUGCAAUGUUAAACCUUAUCUAUAUACAAUCAUUGUCGUGACACAAUAUCGCGACAAAACAUUUUCACCUGGAACCAUUAUGAUUGACAAAUAAUGGUUUAUGAUUGCAGGAAAAGAAAUUAUUUCUAUACAUAAGUCAUAUGCUUUAGGAUUAAAUAUAUUUUACGUCGUAUUAACAGGAGACAAAUACGUGUGAUUUAUAAAUAUUUAUAAAUAUUCUGCUUAAUGUUGCUA